AUGCAUGUGAAAACUUUAAUUUUGUUAAAUAUAUUAUUCAUUCAUUAUUUAUUUGGAAAGUGUAGAAAAAACACAAAAAAAUUAUUUAUUAAUUUGUAUAAUAAUAAAUGGGGAUCUUUGAAUUUAAUUAAAAAACAUUCAGUUAAUUUCAAGAAUAAACAUAAUGAUAAAAUUGAUACAUUAGAUAAUGAAUAUGGUAUGAGUCUUAAAAUAUUAAAAAUAAAUGAAAAUAAGGUAAUAGAAAAUUUAAGAAAAAGAGGUAUGGAAAAAUAUUUAAAUACUGUUGAAAUAUUAAAAAAACUAAUAGAAGAAAAAAAUAAACUAGAGACAAUAAGAAACAAUUUAAGGAAUAAAAGAAAAAUAUUAUCAGAUGAGGUUAAAAAUCUUAUGCUUUCUAAAAAUUAUUCAAAUAAAGAUAUUGAAAAAAUUGAAAAUUCAAAUAUAACUAAAAGCGAAAAAGAUGGAUUGUGUUCAGAAAAUGAUAGUUGUAAAAAAAGUGACAACAAUGAAUCAAAUCAUUUUGUUAUAGAAUAUAAAAAUUCUAAACAAAAGAAAGAAAGUGAUAAAAUGGAAUAUUUUAAGAUUAAUUGUGAAAAGGAAAUAGAGCAUAUUAAAAAUGAAAUUAAUGAAAUUAAUAGUAAUAUUUAUGAUAAUGAAACAAAAAUGUCAGAUUUGAAAUGUAAAAUAGAAAAGUAUUUCAAUAAAAUGCCAAACAUUUUAUUGAACAAUGUACCACAAGGAAAAACAGUGAACGAUUGUAAAAUUGUUAAAACAUAUAAAGUGAAAAAUAUGGAAAUUAAUGAAAAUGCUAUAAUUAAGGCUCAUGAAGAUAUUAUAAAAAAGUACGAUAACAAUUAUAUAUUUUCAAAUAUACCUAAUAAAAUUGGUUUUGGGUAUAAUAUUUUAGUAAAUAAUAUAGCAAAAUUAGAAAAAGCAUUAAUAGAUUUUAUGAUAAAUAUCCAUGUAAAUAAAUUUAAGUAUAUUUAUGUAAAAACUCCCGUAAUUGUAGCAAAAUCUGCAUUAACGAACACUGGACAAUUACCAAAAUUUGAAAAUGAUUUGUUUAAAAUUAAUAAAAAUUAUAAAAUUUUAAAUGAAGAAGCUUAUUUAAUUCCAACAAGUGAAGUUUCCUUAUUAAAUUUAUUUAAAAAUUCUCUAAUAAAUCAUGAUCAUUUGCCUGUUAAAUUAGUUAGCCAUUCUUCCUGUUUCAGAAUAGAAAAAAAUUUUACAUAUGGGAAGACAUCAAAAGGAUUAUUACGUGAACAUAUUUUUGAAAAAGUGGAAUUAAUAGCUAUUACUGAUAAAAAGAGUUCUCUUUAUUAUUAUAAAGAAUUAAUUAAACACUGUGAAUACAUUUUAAAAAAAUUAAAAAUACCCUAUAGACUAGUAUUAUUAAAUUCUUUUGAAACACCAUUUUCUGCAUCAAUAUGUUAUGAUAUAGAAGCUUGGUUACCUAGUCAAAAAAGAUUUAUUGAAGUAUCUUCAUGUUCUAAUUGCUUAGAUUUUCAAUCAAGAAAAUUAAAUUUAAAAUUUAAAGAAAAUGGUAAAAAAUUUUUUUGCCAUACUAUAAAUGGAUCUGGUUUAGCAGUAGGAAGAGUUUUAGCAAUUAUAUUAGAGCAAUAUCAAAUUCAAAAUAAGGAAAAAAAUGACAAAAUUCAACUAAAUAUUCCAAAGCCCUUAAGAAAAUAUAUGAAUGCAUCAACAAUAAUUUUAUAA